UUUUAUUUUUAAAUUCUAUUUUGCGGGCAAAAUGUCGCUGUUCUUGAUUGUCAAGCUAUUUUCUCAUCGUAAUGUUCCGUUCUGGCGCAUAGUAUGUAUGAAACGCCGUGGUUUGGCGUGUGCGUUCUAUUUUAUUUUAGACAAGACUUGACGGCUGUUUAAAAAAACUUCAUGGCUCUUUGUUCGAUUUUGUUAUACCAUUGCUUAGGUUUUUCGUAAACAACACGAACAAAACAACGUGAAAUUUCAAUGAAGUGGGCGGAAAAUCGUUAUUGUAUCUAGUGAAAAACCUAGGCAUUUCAUCAAGACCGCCUAAACGUUGAACUACAUCACGGUACUCAAUGGAAGAAAAGAUGGAGAGUGAACACAGUUACAGUGGGGAGAGCAGCAGCUCUUCCGAGUCAUCAAGCGGCAGUUCGGAGGGAGAUGAUGAGGUGAUGGAGCCGGUGCGCAUCAUGGGCCAGUCCCUCGAGCUCCCACAAGAGCUCUGUGAAGACUACUCUGUAUUCAAAGAGUUUUUUUCUAUGAAGACUUGGGAUGCUUUGGAAGAUAAACACAAGGAAGAACUAAGUAAACUCUUGCCCAAAUUCACUGAAAAUGAGGAAGAAGAAAAGGAGAAAACUAUAAAAAUGCUUUUUAACCAUGAGCCUUUUCAUUUCACAUCACCUCUUGGUGAUUUUUAUAACAAUUUAAGACAGGGUAACUACAGACCAGAUAUAGCUAAAAUGAGAAAGUUUUUAAUGAAAGCAAGAGCUAAACAACAGAAGCAUAAGAUGAAGUCAUAUUAUGCCAAAAUAUUACCAGAAGUAUUAAUAUCCCGUGAGAGAUUACUAGCAGCUGCCAAAGCGGCUCCCCCAGGACCAAUACCACGCCUUCCAUUAUUGCCGCCAAAACCUUCAUCCAAGAAUAACUUCAAACCAUUAUAUUUGAGAGCUAAACAGAGAUAUUUUGAAGAGCUGGCAGCUAUCCGGGGUGAAGUGGGAGGAGAUGAAUCUGAAGAUGAGAACUAUCCGGAAGGUCCACCGGAGCAGUCUAUGAGGAAAAGAAAACAAGUGACUCCUGGCCAAAUGGCUGAUGGCAAUGUAUCUGGGACAUUAGGUGGCUCAGAUCAGUCUAACUUAACAUCUUUGGAAUGUUUAAAGAAUGUUUUAGCAGCACAUAGGACAAGAAGGCAAUAUAGAGAGAAUCAUCCAGAACUAAAUACAUCAGGCAUAACAUUAGAUGACAUCAAGCAGAGAGUGGCUCUUGUGAAUGGUGCUAAAAAGCUUAUGUUCGGAGGCCAAAAGAGUGGAUCACCACUACAAAAAUUAAGGAGAGGUCCAAAGAAAGAUGGUAUUAGUAAAAGUAAAGCCUCUGACAAAACAGUUAAAAAGGGCAAGGAGGAAUCAUAUGAGAGCGUUGAAAAUAAACCUUUACUGCCAAAUAUAAAGAUUAAAUGUGAAAGAGAAGAGUCUGAUUCAGAAAGCUCAUCAUUUGUAGACCCCAUUACUAGUCCUAAGUCCUCUAAGAAGGUUGACCAAGUUGAAAUUAAGCAGGAAGUUAUUGAUAAAUAUCCUAGUAAUAUGUCAAACCUGAACUACAAUGAUGCAAAGUUAGAGAGCAUAGUUAAACAAGAGCCUCCAGAUACUAUGAUGCCAAUGCAGAAUUCUGCAAGGGCAGCCAUACAUCAGGCAGUGCCAAUUAAACUGGAGGAUUUGGAUGGAAUUGGUAAGUUACCAAACAUACUUGAUAAUAAGUAUGAUAAUCUUGCUGCAAGAGCCUCUGCACAUCAAGCAGUUCCCAUCAAACUGGAAGACUUGGAUGGUAUUGACAUGAUGGCAUUACCAGUAGAAUUAGCGGACGACUCAGGUGAAGUGAUCCAAGUGGAGACAUCUACGGAGACAGUGGAGGAAUCUCCAGUGGACCCUGACGAGUCUCUGACGGAGACGACUCACGCGAACUUUUUGUCGCUCGUACGUGCGUUGUUCCCCGCGCGGGCGGCGCAUCGCGCGUCGAAGCAGCAGUUGCACGCGCGGUGUGCGGCGGUCAUGAGGUCGCCUAUAGCGCCGCUCAAUACUUGGUACAAUUUAUCUGAUGAUUGGUGUGGAGAAUUAGAUUCAGCUUUAGACUUCCUUGCGGGAGAGAGAGGACAACAUCCAGAUGACUAUGUUCCCUACCUACAAUUUUUGCCAGAAUCACAGAUGUAUCAAUGGAUCGGCGCGGGCCGUGACUGCGACGCUAUCUUGGGUCGGCUGUGUGAGCGCUGGCUCCGGGCUGCGUCACCGCCACCGCCCGCCAGCGAACCACCGCCUCCGAGGUAUCCAACAACGUGGUCGGUCCGCCCUGCAACUGAAGCAGAAUUGGUUGAUUUCCGUGCGCAAGAGCGGCGGAGAUUUUCAACGGCAGCCAAACCUUUCACUUAUGUACAGCAUGGUUACCGCUCAGUGGUGGGUCCGUGCGCGCGCGGGUGGGGCGGCGGCGGCGCCGUGCUGCUGGCGGCGCGCCCGCGCCACGCCGCGCUGCCCGCGCUCGUGCGCGACGCGCUCGCCCGCCUGCCCAACGGAGAGGGCACACGCCACCACGUCGUCACGCUGCUCAGAAUGUCACAAUGGGUAGCUAACUGCAGUGAUCAAACCCUGCUGAGCGCGGUAUCUUCAGUAUUAGACAGACUUCUAUCCGCCAAGCGAGACCCUGUCGUGAAAUAUGACCAGAGAACGGCUGUGUGGACUUAUCUUCAUAGGCAUCGGAGUGAAGAGGACUGGCUGAAGAUAUCGAGCGGUCGCGGUCGUAGCAGCAAGGCGGGCAGCAUGCUACUGUCGCCCACGCCGGCGGCGGCGGGUAAGCCUGGCCAGCCCGCCCUGCCCGGGCCGCCGCGAGAGCCGCGACACACGUCGCCACAUGCACUCACACAGAUGGAGCUAGAAGUAGGCAGCGUAGAAGAAGUCGUCGAAAAUGCAUCUGACAGUGACGUAGACGUCGACGACAGUGGACAAACCUCCUCCGUUCCUCACCUUUCCUCCGCCCAACUACUAAUGCAAGCCACACAAGCCUCGCAGGGCAAACAAGUCGCGUUACCGCCCAAACCGAAAGGGAAGCUAGUCGCCACGCCCCCUCCGAAAGCAAAGGUCAACGCCCCGCCGAAACCUGCCCCAACAGUUAAACAACCCGCUAAGCAAUCUACACUAAUGGCGCAAUCAGCUAAGCAAGCGAACCUACUCGCUCAAGCUGUUAGACAGAGUACUGUGAACCAAGCGAAGCAGACCGCAGUCAUACAACCGCCGAAACCUCCCCUCCCUCAGUCCCCUAAACAAACGACAGUCGCCCCUCAGCCACCAAAACCUGCCAAUGUUCCUCAAGCCAAGCAAACGACGGUCAUAUCCCAAGUUAUUAAACCGAAUAUAGUGAAGCAAGCUACGAGUACUAAGCAAGUCAGUCAGAUGCAACCGGCUGCUCAGUCGCCGAAACAAACGCCACAGCAACAAACUAAACAGAUCAUCGUCAAUCAGGCGGGAAAUCUAUCGGGACAGUUGUCGAAAUCUUUACCUUCAGUGGUAGCGACUCCACACAAAUCUCCACUUAUAAAACAACGGCCGUUACAGAAAGUUGAAGGGUCACAAUCUCAGAUAAUAACGAGUACAGUUGCAAGUCAGCCUAGUUUACAAACCACCACUGUGAUUCAACCAACUAGUACAACUACUGUUCAAGUAUUACAAAAUAAGGUGACACAAGGUACGCGGUCACUAUUGAUACGACCAAGUCCGGUACAAACUACUGUCACGGCCGUAGUGUCCACACCAACUACUCAGGUAACACCGACGACGAGGCGUGGUGUUGUCAGAGUACUAAGCCCGGCCACUCCAGCAUCAGGAAAGUCACUAAUAUCUCCGCGAGCGUUAAUGCAACAAGGUACUCCUGCGGCUAAGAAGAGACCCACAGUGCCGAAUGCUACGGCAGUUACAACUGUAGCGCAGAGCACGCUGGGAGCGACGUCAGUGGUGAGCAGCGCGGUGACGUCAACUCCCCGCGCUGUGCCGCUGGCGGGCACCCGCACUGUACAGUUAGCGGGUCAGCACGUGCAGCUCGCGGGGCAGCACGUGCAGCUGGCGGGGCAGGCCGUGCAGCUGGGCGCUGGCCACACGCUGCAGCUGUCGUCGCUGCAGCUGCCCGUGCGCCUGCCCAGCGGACACACCGUGCAGCUCGCCGCGCCCGUGCGACUGCCGCCGCGCCCGCCCCGCCCCGCCCCACCAACACACAUACCCGCCUCCACUGUCCAGCUCUCCGGACAAACCGUCCAGAUCGGCGGACAGAGUGUACAGCUCACCGGACAAAGUGUACAGUUAACUGGCCACACAGUCAAAUUACCCAGUGGACAAAGUGUUCAAGUGGCUAGUCAGAGUGUGUUACCGUCGCAAAGUGUUCAACUACCGAGUGGUCAAACCGUCCAAUUAGCGAGUGGGAAUAUGCAAACUGUACUUAGUGGAUCUAAUGUUCAAUUGUCGAGUCAAAGUGUUCAAAUGCCGAGUGGUCAGACUGUGCAAUUAGGAUCACAAACGGUGCAAUUAGGUGGUCAGACGGUGCAGCUAGCUGGGCAGGCAGUUCAGUUACCGAGUGGACAAACGUUGCAGUUGUCUAGUGGUCAAACUGUUCAGUUGUCAAGCGGGCAGACAUUGCAGUUGGCGAGCGGGCAAACUGUUCAGCUCGCUAACCAAACUCCGAAGUCGUUAGCGCAAGUGGUGCGGAGUCAGUCGGCUGGCGACAAGACAACCGCUGGACAACCAAUAGUGGCGAAAUUAUUGACAAACGCACAGCCACAGAUGGUGUCGCUGGACGCGCGGACGCUGCAGGUGUCGGGCAUGUCGGGCGUCCGGCCGCGCGGUGCGGUGCGCGUGCUGUCGCCCGCCACGAGGCUUUCUCGGCCGUUGCUGCUGACCUCUGCUAAGCCGCUACAUAAUAUUAUACUACAGCAAAGUGAUGGUAACACGAUAAGAGUGCCAUCGAGUGCAGCUACGCCAUCAUCACAGACUUUAGUUUUAAGUAAUAUAGGUGCACAAACUGUGUCUACGUCAACAACAUCAGCGCCGGUAUUAAAACUACAACAGGUGAACUCAAUACAACAAGUUAAACUCGCGCAGGGAAUUAAAAUUCAACAGGCCGUGACGAGUGCGUCAACGCCGACAUCUAGCGGUGUCCGCAGCGUACUAAUGGAUGGACAGCAACUGAAGCUGGUCGGAGGCAGACACGUACUCGCGCGAAUACUGCGGCCCGCACACCCGCCGCAAUAACCUACCAUGUCCUUGUAAACAGCCCCGGAUCCAUGUUUUUAGUGUGGGAAGACAAAAAACAUUUACCACAAGGCUACCUUUUGACAACUAUAAAAGAUCGUUAUCCAAUUAAAUCACGUGACCAGACUUACCUAUGUACUAAGUUGCGUUGUGAUGAGUUGAAUUUGAGCUGAACUUGCCGGCACUGGCGCAGACAUGACUAGGUCCGAAUAGGUCCGGAUUUGCUUGUAAAUAUGUAAAUAUACAUAAUAUAAUGUUCUUGCUACACCUGUAACUUAACGUUCACGUUAAACGAUUUGUUGCUUAAUGCGUCCGAACAAUCAGAAAUUUUUCGAAGCUGACAACUGAUGACAGCCGAAUGGGACCUUGCGUGUGUUAGAUGUCAACAUACACCAGCCCGUAAUUAAUGUGGAGGAUUCUUUUUAACAGUUAAUAAAAUAAUAAAAUCAGUAGUUUUUGGGUGAAAAAAAAAAAAAACAAUAUCCAUCCAAUUAAACAUUCAUACACACUCACGCAUUUUUUAUAUUACUACAAACUUCGUAUCGUUUAAACCUUCCCCGGACCUCUACAAACAUUUUAAAACCAAAAUUAACCAAAUCGGUCCAGCCAUUCUCGAGUUUUAGUGAGACUAACGAACAGCAAUUCAUUUUUAUAUAUAAGAUUACUAUAAUAUUAGUAUAAUUAAAAGAUAUUCAGGCUUAACUACGAUUACGAUUCAAAUUCCGCAAGAGAUCCUCAAACUAGUGUGUGCUGACCAGUGGCAAAAUCAUCUGCCAUGCCUUCUUGAAAUAUGUAGGUCUAUUACGUAUUGAGAUGAGUAGCGGACAUUUAAAGGCGAUUCAUCGUGUGGUCAAGUUAACGCAGGUGAAGCAAAAGCAUUACAAAUACUCCUCUCGAUAUUAUUUCUCAACUGUGUAGCUAUAGCUUACAUAGAGAAUUAUUCACUUGAAUAUGAUUUUAGAUAAGAAACAAAUUUUAGUUUAUCUUUAUUUCCCUUAUAAAGGCAAUAUGUAUUGUACAAAGUAAUUAUGAUUGUAAAAUUAAUGACUUGUUGAAUUCGAAAUAUUUUUUAUAAGAAAUAAUUUAACAAGUUAAAUUAUUUGGUUUAUUAAUUUAUGAACUGAAAGAAAAGUAUUUAACGUUUCUUAUUUGGACAGAAUUCGUGUCAUGAUGGUAGAUUAAUAUUAAAUGUAAAUAAAAAGCAAUUACUAACUAGGUGUUAAAGGGGAACACUAAUUAUUUGAGUAUAUUCUUGUUAUGAUUAUGUUAAUUUAUUAUUUGUAUAUAGAGAACACACAUUGACAGUCAUGAAAUAAUGUCAAAAUAGCUAUAAAUUCUUAGCUAAGCUAUAGAUACCUAUAAAAUUGUAUUGGGUAUUGUAUUUAACUCCAGAGCCAUUUAUAAUUAAAUACAUAUACAUAAUUAUGUUAAAAGAUCUUGAUUGCAAUGUAUAUUUUUUAUUUAAUCUGUUGUUUAUGUUACUGUUCUCUUGUACAUAAUGGGUCUGAUCCCCUUUAAUUAUUGUGACAUGUAAGUCAAUUGCUCUCACGAGUAAAACUUGUUUAUAGUAUUUUAAAGGCAAUUUCAACUGUAUGUUAUAGUUUUUAAUAUUAAAUAUUAGGUUCGUAUUGCACAGUUUUUCACUGUUAGAUAAAUAAAUUAAAAUAUGUAUAAAUAUGAA